UGACCCCUCUGUCUGUGUCAUGCCAUGCCAGGUGAGUACCAUCUCCUUACUGGAAGCCUGGACAUCAAGGGCAUGUGGUCUCCCAUGGGUGGCCGCAUUGUAGGAGCAGGUCCCACAGGCAUCACCCCAGGAGGAGGGGCCACUACUGACAUCAUGGGGGUGUCUCCCAUGUUGGGUGCUUGCAUCAUACCAGAGUGUGGAGGACCCAGGGGACUGGAGCCAGAAUUCACACUGGAGCUGUCGUCCUGCGUACCACCUUCCAUUAAAGAGAGAGAGGGCUGCUUGGCAUUCUUCUUCCGACUGGUACUGAACAUACACAUUGCCCCGCAGAUGAGGUUCCAGGUUGCAGCUUACUUUAAACUGAAUCACCUUUCCCACGUUUUUGAACUCGGGCAGCACAUCAUGGUAGAAAUCCAAGAACUGCUGUCUAUUGCAUCUGCAGACAUGGAUUUCAACCAGUUAGAGGCAUUCCUGACUGCGCAAACCAAAAAGCAAGGUGGCAUCACUAGUGAACAAGCUGCAGUUAUCUCCAAGUUUUGGAAGAGCCACAAGACAAAAAUCCGAGAGAGCCUCAUGAACCAGAGCCGCUGGGACAACGGACUUCGGGGGCUGAGCUGGAGAGUCGACGGCAAGUCUCAGUCACGGCACUCAACUCAAAUACACAGCCCUGUUGCCAUUAUAGAGCUGGAAUUUGGGAAAAGUGGACAGGAAUCUGAAUUUCUGUGUCUGGAAUUUGAUGAAGUUAAGGUCAAGCAAAUCCUGAAGAAGCUGUCAGAGGUAGAAGAGAGUAUCCACAGGCUGAUGCAGGCAGCCUGACUAAAGGAUGGAGGAAGGAGCACGGAAGUGAAGCUGCUCGCAGGCUUUCUCCACUGACCCUUUGAAAGUCCUGUGUGCCCACUGCUGUUGCCAAAUGGCAUUGUAUACAUGGCUGAAAGUCUUCAAGAAUAAAUAAAAAUAUAUUUUAAAAAGUGGGUAAAAAAGAGAAACCCUUCAAAUUCUAA